UAUUUUUGCUGGGAUUUUAAAAAAAAAUGAGAAAAAAAUAAAAGAGUCUCCACUUCGACGACAUUUUUAUUACACUUUAUUUCCUUUGCAGGUCGAGGUGAGAGCAGCGGUGAUGAAUGCGUGAGGGAAACAGAGGAGAUCUGCGCAGCUUUCGGUCACAGACUGGAGCAACGGUGGGAAACACCAAUCACGUGAAUAAACAACACCCAUGCCAUUGGAUAGAGCUGCACUGGCUUAUUGGCUUUGAAUCUACAAAAUGCAGAAAGCAACAUACUACGAUAACUCUGGACUUUUUGGAAGCUACACCUAUCCCAAACCAGACUCUUACAACUAUGGCCCCGCACACCAGUCGUACCCUUCGUCCAACAUUGAGAGUGACUACCAGGGCCCAGUGUGUCCCAUCCAGACCCCUGCUGUCCGGCCUCCAACUCUCAAAGACAGUGACCUGAACGGAGACUGCAUGCGGCAAAGCAGCAGUCAAAGCAACAGCAGCAGCAGCCAGGCCACGAGUAUUGGGGAGCCGCCGGCACCACCACUGUCCGUGUCCUCCCCCAGCUCCAACAGCCCCACGCCCCAGAAGAAGAAAUCCUCAUCAGGUGGUGGCUCCAGCUCUGCCACACCAGUCCUCACCAAGCAGAUCUUCCCCUGGAUGAAGGAGAGCCGGCAGAAUGCAAAGAAGGGCUCCAGCUGCUCCACUGCAGGUGGCGAGCUGAGUGAUGAGAAGAGCCCCUCUGGACCUGCAUCCAAACGGGUCAGAACUGCGUACACCAGCGCGCAGCUCGUGGAGCUAGAGAAGGAGUUUCACUUUAACCGCUACCUGUGUCGCCCGCGGAGAGUGGAGAUGGCGAAUCUGUUGAAUCUCACGGAGCGACAAAUAAAGAUCUGGUUUCAGAACCGGAGGAUGAAAUACAAAAAGGACCAGAAGUCCAAAGGGCUGGCACACUCUCCCCUGGGACACUCCCCGGACAGAAGCCCGCCGCUCAGCGGCCCCAAUCACAUUGGAUACUCUGGGCAGCUCCAGAACGUGAACAGCCUCAGCUAUGACGCGCCCUCGCCCCCGUCCUUCGCCAAGCCCCAGCAGAACAUGUACGGCUUGGCGGCGUACACGGCGCCCUUGGGCGGCUGCAUCCCGCAACAGAAGAGGUACCCGGGCUCCGAGUACGAACACCACGGCAUGCAGAGCAACGGCUUUGCCAACGCCAAUUUGCAAGGCAGCCCCGUGUACGUGGGUGGGAACUUUGUUGAUUCCAUGCCAGCCUCGGGCCCCAUGUUCAACCUCGGCCAUCUCCCCCACCCGUCAUCCACCAGUGUGGACUACAGCUGUGCCGCUCAGAUCCCGGGGAACCACCACCACGGACCCUGUGAUCCCCAUCCCACGUACACAGACCUCACCUCUCACCAAGCGUCUCAGGGAAGGAUGCAGGAAGCGCCUAAACUCACACAUUUGUAAUAUGUGGUCUCUCUCUGUGUGUGUAUGCGUGCGUGUGCGUAUGUUCGUGUGUGUGUGUGCCAAAAUUACGUUGCGCUCUUUUUAUUACCUCACUAGUCUAAUAACUGCGCUCCAAGCGAGUCGU